AUGCUCGACGAAAACCUGCCGACCUUCCAGUUCAAGCCCUCCAACGAUGACCCUCUCUCCAGUGUUGUCUACUUCACACAAAAUGGCUCUGAGCCUGCUCCAGAAUAUGUCUUCAAGCGAGCCGAUCCCUCCAACCCAGCGGCACGCAGGAAAUAUGCCGUUGCCUUAGCUGACCCUUAUGCACCGGAUGUCGUUUACGCCGAGGUCGUCGUCGAGCCCGAGUGGUCACAACCGACUCUGUCAGCAGCUGAGAUCAGGGCGCAGCAGCAUCAGAAUGGAGGUGCAUCACUCGCUCCCCAACCUAUGAUACCCGACAACUUCACAAUCUACCUGUACAACCCCGACCAAGCUGUUUCAGUCAAAUACAUCCCAGGCUCUCUCACCAAGUCCGAUAGCUGGGAAUUCGAGAUGUUGUCUCAGAGCUUCAAGAUGCCAUCCAACUCCCAGCUCGAUCGUCAGAAGCAGAACGGUGAACCCGUUGCCGAUUUCCGCCCCAGGGUCAUGUUCAGAUGGAAAAAAGAUGGUCGGUUGAGCAAGGACAUGACCUGUUUCAACGUUGGCAAAAGCGUCGGCAAACACAAGAGCAAGGAGCCAGACAUUACAGUUGCACUCUUCAAGCAGGGCCGAGCGACGGCAGUGACGGUCUACGAACCAAACUUGCAGCGGAUUGACAUGGAAGAUCGAAAAGGGCUAGACAUUGUGCUUGUGAUCGGGACUGAAGUAAUCCGCGAUUUGUACCUUGCACCAGAUAAAAGGCCGGACCUGUUCAACGUAGGUGCUACGGGGCCUUUGCCCAUUUCGAAUGGGAGGCGGAAGAACUCCAGGCCCAGCCCACCUCCAGCUGGUCCUGUGAUGGCAGGUGCUCUAGGCCCGUCUGCGCCACAAGCUCAACCGCUCAUGUCCACAGCCAACGUUGCGGCUUCUUCAUCAGCCAGACCAAGCAAUGCAGCCAUCGACGCUGAGACGGAGAGGCUGAAGGCAAUGGUCGAGAGAGAGGAAAAGGAGCGACAAGCCGCAAAGCAGAGAGAGGAUCGGGAGCGCGAGAGGAGAGACCGUGAGGAGCAGAAACGCAUCAAGCAGAUGCUCGACGAUGAGGAGAAGGAGAAGCGCCGGCGCGAGGCAGAGAUUGCCAAGGAGACGGAGCGGCUCAAGAAACUCUACGGGACCGAGGGGCAAGAUAUUAACCCUCCCCUACCUUCACGGCCGCAAUACCAGGGGCGGCCACCCCAACAGCAGCAGCAACAACCACACCCGCCGCCGCCUCAGGGUGGCAGCUGGAACUUUGCCCCGCCCCCUCAGCGCCCCACGAGCGUCGGACCCGGGACUGGACCUUUCCACAGCUCAACGCUGAAUCACCUUUUCGCCGGCCGGCCAUCCGGGACCCCAGCGCCGCAGGCUGGCCCUUCCAAACCAGGUCGCACGAAGCCGAACCAGGGCCCGUACCUGUCUGGGGCAAACCCAGCGGCCGCAGUCAGCGGGUUCUUCUCGGGCUUGAGAAAGGACGACAGGAAGAUCACUAAGAAGAAGAGCAUGCAGUGCAUACCUGCUUACGAAAUGCUCACAGCUCGGCAUUGCGCCGUAUGCCAGAAGCAUGCGGUUACCUUCGCAGCAAAGAGAUCUAGGACGUUCCCGGACAUGUCAUCCCAGCUCUCGGGCUGUCACUACCCAAAACCUUUCAAGCUGGCCGCGAGCUUGCUUACGAGCACUCCUUACCCCAAACUCAUCGAUGUCGGGAAGAACAAUAUCUCGGGAGGUGGACCAAAAUGUCUCAUAGGUGGUGGGGCAUACGCUGGGGACAUGCGACUGCGGACUCCGGACGCUGGAUGA